AUGACGAUACGAUGGGGAGUUGUUGCAACCACAGCUUUAUUAAACAAUCAUUUGAAAUUUAGUAGCAGAAAUAGAAGUGGCUGCGAAUUUAAAAAUGAAUGGGUUGGUAAAUGGUUUAUAAGCAGCGUACAAAAUCUUUUAACAAUAAAUUCAUCAUGGAUAGAAACAAAAGGAAGAUGCAUUGAAAAUUCAAAUGAUAAAUACAUGAUUGAAGACACAUCGGAAAAUUGUUUCCGUUGCAUGGUCAUCCAUGAAAAACAUCAAAACGUUUUGCAGUAUAAAGAAAUUUGUCGUUUUUCGAUUAUUACCCGAAUCAUUUUGAAAAUGUUUUUGAAAAAGGCUCGGCGUCAAUCAUUCCUCCGUCAUUCAUUCAUUCAUUCAUUCAUUUAUUACAGUUUGGACAACCUUUGCAAUCAAAUUGCAGGAGAUGCAACUCUAUAUUCAAUGUUCAGAGUGGAUCCGAUCGGGGGACCCGUACCUUGUCCUUUCAAAGGUCCCCCAUUUACUUUUACCUACAACAGAGGAAACGGAGAAUGUGGGAAUCCAGUUUCGAGAAUCGAUUCGUGCACCGACGAUUCGAGAUUAUCGUUUCGAUAUCAAGCAUGUCCCGACGUACACGGUACUGAAAGCACGGUCGAAGAACUUCAAUGUUUGGCAACGUGGAAAGAUGGUUCGACUCGUUACAUGGUCGGAAAAUUAUCACACAACAGAAUAAAAACAAACGAAGAAUCCUAUAGGUGUUUCGUAUACGAAAGAGUUCAAACUCACGAUAGGAAAGUUUCGUAUAAUGUUGCACAAAGUGGAGAUGCCACGUGUAACGGUCUACCUUCCGCUUUGGAAGGUUCAAAGGUCAUGAGAUUAACAAAAGUUGAAAACGCUCACACGAAAUGUAAAUACCCGACGUGGAUAACCGAACAUCAUCAUUGGCACACUUUGGACUAUAAGAAAUCUUAUCAUUUUUCACAUAAGAAUGCAACUUUAAAAAUAACCGAAGAUGUCAAUACAGGUUAUUAUUUAUUAUUAUUAUUAUUAUUACUUUUUAACACGACGAGAUUUUGUGUGCCUGUCGGAGGUAAUAUACGUUCCGUAACUUUGCCUUAUACGUCAGGCAUAAGAAAACCAAACUCGGCGGAAAUGCGGGUGGUUUGUCAUUCUGAAGUUAAGACUGAACCUCAAUAUUCAAUUGUUAUCGCUCACGUGACAAACGGCUGUGAUAGCGGUUACAUUUGUUUGGGUUUUUACCGUCGCGACAGCACAGUCAUCGAAUUACAACAAUCGACAAAUCUCGUACAGGUUCCCGACGAAGCCUGCAAUCAGAAUAAUUUCGAUCCGUCAAAAUUACCGUUCAUCACUUUAAUAACCGCGUCUUUACAUCAGAGAAAAUGUCCACAUUUGGGUAGAUACGUCGUAGUGGGACAAAGCGAAGGUUUUGAAAAUACCGGAAGAUUAAGUCGUGACGUUGAAAAAUGGCGGGAAAAAAGAAUAACAAAAAGAGAAGGAAAUUCAUUAUCGGAUAAAAAUGAUAAGAUAAAAAUAUGCGAUUCGGAAAAAUUUGAAAGUUUAAACGUUGGUUGUACUGGUGUCGGCCGUGACACGAUGGAAUUUCAAAGUUCUUGCGGACCAGAAACAAAUUCAGUAUAUUCGUGUUACGGAAGUUGGGAAGAAAAUGGCACUUAUUACUUAAUAGCAAGUCCAGCAUCGAGAAAAUCAACGGAAGCAAGAAGAUAUUGUUUCAUAACGACCGCAUCAGGAUACGACAGCAACGAAUCUAUCGGAAAAGAUAAUAAUAAUAAUUACAUUUCAUCUAUAUCUGGUAAAAGAAAAAUAACAAAAUUAAUGAUGUCCACCGUUGCCGAAAGUUGUUACAGAUCCAUAAAACCUGGUAUAAAUGGUAUAAAAGCAUUUAAUUUGACUCUCGUCGGUCAAUGCGAAUCCAAAAUGGCGGCGGAUACGAGCAGUCAUUUAAUGGCGGGUCCUUCGCUAUUGUUUUUAUUGAUUUUUAUCACAUUAAUUUACGGAACGAGAUGA